AUGGAGGAGGCCAAGGAGGAUAUGGAGGAGGCCAAGGAGGUUACGGCGGAGGCCAAGGAGGCUACGGCAAUGAAUAUGGUGGGGGUCAAGGCGGAGGAUUUGGAGGUCAAGGCGGAGGAUUUGGCGGUCCAGGAGGAGGAUUCGGUGGAGGGCCAGGCGGCGGAUUCGGCGGUGGACGCCAUGAAGGGGGAGGCGGAGGAUUCGGCGGUGGACGCCAUGAAGGGGGAGGCGGAGGAUUCGGCGGUGGACGCCAUGAAGGGGGAGGCGGAGGAUUCGGCGGCGGACAUCAUGGAGGGGGAGGCGGUGGUCCUGGAAGAGGGGGAGGUGGAGGGUUUGGCGGUGGGCGCUGCUAAGCUGCGAUUGCGCGGUCUGCGAUCCGUGCAUGCCCAUAGUGUGCGCAAAACGAAGAACGCCAGAGAAUGA